UUUCAUUGACCUGGAUCAGAAUUUCCUUGUUUCUCUUUUCACUAUUUUUUUUUCUUAUUUCUAUUUACACGCCAUGUUUUGAUUUUUUUAUUUUUUAUUUUUUAUUUUUUUUAUCUAUACCUUUACUUAUUUUUCUCACCUCAUUCUCUUCAUUAACACUAUCACGACUAUAACAUUCUAUUUAUUUUAUACGUCAUACCAUGUCACCCAGUCAUGACAAACAAAGAUCUUCUUCAUCAACCCGAAUAUUGCCUGAAUCAAUCACAAAAAGAAAAAAAAUACUUUCCUUUUUCUCUGACAGACAAUCUACAACAACAGUUAGUGGAUCAAUCUCAUCUCUACCAAAACUUACCUCUAGUACUUCUGCUACUUCUUCUCAUAUCACUACAGCAACAACAAACAGCACAACAACAAUAUCACCUCUUGUACGGAUAACUUUGGAUAACGUUGACUGUCAUUAUUUGCGAAAAACAUUAUCAAAGUUAUCAUUGACUUUAUUGUUUUGUUUUAGAUUUCAAAAUAAAAUCAAGCAACGACAGGAUAUUUUGAGUUAUCAUAUUUUGCCUUGGUUUAGAAAACAACAAGAAAACGCGACUUCUGGAAGACUAAGGUCCACUGACUGCGACCAAGCUAGAACUAUUCUUUUACAAUGGUGGUCAACUUUGAUGAAUCAUGUUCAACAUAUUAAUCAUACUGAAAGAAGUCUCUAUUUUGAAUGCAUUGUGGAAAUCAUCGGAAGAUCGGAAUUUGUUGCUUAUGAUGAUACAAGCUUGCCAUUUGAACAUUGGUAUGCUCCUGUGGAAAAUAGUACUAUGGCUACUCGUUCACUUUUGGAGGAAUAUAAAUAUCUCUUGAUGACCACUCUUCGAUAUGCUAUUGACAAGUUAAAUUACAGAGCCAUUUAUUCAAAUAUGAUCUCUUUUUGUGCUAAAAUAUUAGCACUUGGAUUUAUCAAGAUUCCUGGUUUGGCUAUCACUUUACUACAGACAUUACCCAUCCGAAAUACUAUCAUGAAACGAAUAAUUGCUGAACUAGGUGAUUUGAACAAGCAUAAGGAUUUCAGACAAAAUAUAUCCUCUGUUUUCCCUAGACAUCUUCACUCUAUUAUGACGUGGCGUCCUACUCAGUACAACAUUCAUAUUCAAAAACCCAAACAACAACAGCAAAAAUCACCUAUUGCUUCAACUGGAAAUUGGACUAGAAGAUGGCAAAGUGAUGAUAGUGAACUGUUUUUCUCAUUUUAUCGUCAUUAUCAUGUCACUCUCAAAACCUACGUUACUGCGGUAUACCCAACAAUAUAUAAAUAUGAUCUGCAGGAAAGAAACACUAUGCUAGCUGUAUCACCUGGUUACACCUAUCUUGCCGCCUAUUUUGCUGGGAAAAUCGAUUCUUUAUUACAUCGUCGGCUUCAUUCUGUUACUACUACACUUCAACAACAACCAGCACAACUACAUUCCUCAUCUACAACCACAAAUUCAAGUUGCCCAAUCAAUAAUCAUGACAAUAGUGGUACAGGAACAAUGUCCAACUACACGCAACGCACUGGCACAACAACAACAGCAAACAUACAAGGGCGUCAAGGAUCUGCAACUACGAAUGCAAUCGAUACUAGUGAUGCCAUUUUUGUGGAACCUGGUGAAAGAUUUUUAUCGGGAAGCAAUCUUACUGCCAACGUUCAUCAAUCGUCAGUCCCUCUUCCUUCCAUGUUAUCAUCUCAAAUGCCAGAUCGACAACCUGGUCCUUCAUCAGUACACCAACCUACGAGAAAACCUCUGCCUUUGGAAAUGGCUACUCAGCGCUAUGGUGAAUGCCUUGUAUGGUGUGUAAUGGUAUCAGAACCGAUGGGAUUAUUUUAUGAUAUGAUCAAUAUCUGGAUGCGGACGAUGAUCAAAACAACUAGUAUGAUGGCUGUUGAAAGUGUCUAUUAAAUACUUCAUUUAUCUUGUAGGUCUAUUGGACUUUAUUGAAGUGAUGAUACUGGAAGCACAACGAACACGGGAAAAUAUGAGUCAGAAUCAACAACGAUUACCAUCACCACCACCACCAUCAUC